GGAUCUUCUAGUGAAUACAGAUCAAUUGGACAUUUGUUUGGAGUAGGCAAAGCAACUGUUUGCAAAAUACUCAUCGAGUUUUGCAAUGAAGUUGGGACAUCUUUGGCUCCAAUAUAUUUGAAAAAUUUUCCACUGACAAGGGCGCAAAUUGAGAAUGGAGUCGCAGAUUUUAAUGCAAUGGGCUAUCCACAAUGUAUUGGAGCAAUAGAUGGAUGUCAUAUUGAAAUUCAUCCAAGAAAGGAAGAAGCCAUUGAUUACUACAACUACAAAGGGUGGUAUUCCGUAGUACUAUUGGCUUUGGUAGACGCAAAAUAUAGAUUUGUUUAUAUACAUUGCGGCAGUCCUGGAAGAUGCAACGACUCCGGAAUUUUUGAAAAAUCAUCGCUAAAGCGCGAGUUGCAAAGUUGUGCACUUCUUGAUGAAUUGAGCUUGCUGUAUGGAUCCACAAAAAUACCAGUCCAUAUUAUAGGGGACUCUGCUUUUCGUCUCUCUCAGCAUUUAAUGAAGCCAUAUCCGCAUAGUGUGACCAAUACUCCCGAACAAAAAAAAUUCAACUAUAGAUUGUCUAAGUGCCGGCGUGUUGUGGAAAAUGCUUUUGGCCAUUUAAAAGCCCGGCAAAUACAACUUAGAGAUUCUAAUAUUUUUAAAAAUUGGUAA